AUGUCCACCUCUUUUAGGUUACGAAAGUUAUCAAAGUGUAGUUGCAUUACUUCUCCCUUCACAUUGUUGAAUAGGAGGAAAGUACUACCUUUUAUAUUACAAACUCAAAAUAGUUCCACCUCACAAGUAAACAAUGAAGAAAAAUCAACCAUUACUACAGCGGAUAUAAAGAAUAAAACUAAAAAGAAAAGUAAAUUGGAAGGAUAUUGGUUGGAUGGAUUCCAAACUCCGAACCCAAUAUCAAAAAGAAAAUUUCCACCUUUUGUACAAAAUAUGCUUGUACGUUUGGCUAAAGCACUUGGUUAUUAUGAUUUACCAGUACAAGCUAUAAGAAUUACAAGAGAAUUAUAUCAAAUGUGUUCAAAGCAUUAUGAAGAAAAUAAGGAAUUUUAUAUUGAUACUUGUGGAUUACCUGAUAGUUUUCAAACUUGGUUUGCUGUGACUUUAUUACAUAUUUGGAUGUUAAUGGUUAGAUUUAGAGUUGAAAAUGAAGGAAAAAUAUUUAUGCAACAGUUAGUAAAUCACUUGUUUGAAGAUGCUGAAUGGAGAAUGAGAGAAGAUUAUGGAGAUCUGCUUUCUCUAUUUCAUGGUGGUGUUAUGGCAUAUGAUGAAGGAAUGUGCAAAGAUGAUCCUGUAUUAGCUGCUGCUUUAUGGAGGAAUAUCUUGAUUACAGAGGGUUCAGCACAUAAUAUGGCUUGUUUGGUUAAACAUGUUAGACACGAAUUACGAAGAUUAGAUAAUUUAUCUUAUGAAUCUAUUAUUGAAGGAAAAAUUCGUUUUAGAAAACCCGAAAUUUCAUUUAAUUCCAUACAAUUAAAGAUUGAUGACAAUAAAGUGAAUAAUGAAUCAAAAAAAAGCACUUCCUACAAUCCUCUCGAUGCUUUAUCCGAUAAAUUCAUUAAUUUAAAUGAUUUACAGCAAAAGAAAAAAGGAAUCCUUCCACAAAAAGGAAUAUUAGAGUUAGAACUAGAGGCGUUAGUUUUUGAAGACCUUUACAAACCAGAGUGUGAAAUAAGUCUAAAUGCUAAGCAAUUGGAUAAUACGUCAAAACAAGAAAAGUUUGCUAGUGAAAACGAGGAGUCUGAAGCGGAAAAAAGUGACAUGCCUUCACAUGUUUUCGAUACUACACCGCCGGUUCCCUACUCUAUCGAUAUUAUACCUGAAACACGCGUAAAUAAUGAUGAAAGGAUCGAUUUGGAAGAAAUCAAUCAUGAUAUCACUUCUCAAGAAGCUGGAACGAAAAAUAAAAAGGGAAUUGAAGGCGUAUGGCAAGAUUCCGAUGAUGAAAAUGUCACCGUAUCUUUAAAAAGCAAAAAUAUGUUGAAAAAAUUGAGGAGGACGGAAGAUGAUGAUUUAAUAUCCGGGGACCAAUAUGAAAAGAGAUUAAGAAACCAAUUUGAGAAACUUCAUCCAACACCAAAUUGGGCUGUCGUGCCUUCAAAACGUAAAAGACAAACGGACAAAGAAAGAAUGGAAGAUUCUGAUGAAAACUUAUCUGAGGUAGAAGAAGUAGAAGAGUCAGGCAAAAACAAGUGGAAAUUAAAGGCAAAAAAGCUUGAAAUUUAUCGGGUGAAAGAUGCAAAUCAAGCAGCAUAUUCACAGUGUGUAAUUCAAUCAUUGAAAUUUCAUCCAAAUUCGCAAGUAUUGAUGACCGCGGGAAUAGAUAAGACAAUACGAUUAUUCCAGAUUGAUGGCGUUAAAAACCCGAAAAUUCAGUCAGUAUUCUUCAAUGAUUUACCAAUUUUAAAAGCAGAAUUUAAUCCAAGUGGUUCAGAAAUCAUUGCAACCGGGCGACGGAAGUAUUUUUAUAUUUAUAACAUCGAGGCAGGAAAUGUAGAUAGAUCUCAUGGAAUAUUUGGAUCGGAAGAUAAAAGUCUUGAAAAUUUUUCGAUAUCCCCUUGUGGAAAAUAUAUUGUAUUUGUAGGGAAUAAUGGUUAUUUAACUUUAGUUAGCUAUCAAACGAAACAAUGGGUUGGUAAAUUUAAAAUGAAUGGCUCCGCGAAUGCGGUUGCUUGGUCCAGUGAUGGCAAGUAUUUGUUUUCGGUUAGCGAUGAUGCUACAGUUUAUCAGUGGGAUGUCGGUGAACGAAAAUCGGUGCAUUGCUUCAUGGAUGAAGGUGGGUAUAAUCUCAAGAAAAUUGCAAUUUCCAGCAACAAUAACUAUUUUGCCAUUGGUUCGCAUUCCGGUAUUGUUAACGUUUAUGAUGGAUCUUGUUUGUCUUCAACAAAUCCAAAGCCUAAGAAAUCUAUAAUGAACCUAACAACAAGUAUCCACGACAUGAAAUUUAAUCAUGAUACUCAGAUCCUUGGAAUCUCGAGCCAUUCUAAGCGAGAACAAUUAAAAAUGGUUCAUUUACCUUCAUUCAACGUGUUUCCAAAUUGGCCAAAUUUGUCAAAUCCUUUGGGUAUUGUUAAAUGCUUUGAUUUUUCCCCGAAUAGCGGUUAUCUUGCUAUAGGUAAUGAAAAGGGUAAAGCACUAUUAUAUAAGCUUCGUUCUUAUCCAAAUGCAUAA